UGUAACAUAUUUGGAUAAUUGAAUGAUCAAUAUUUCAACAUCUCCCGUACCUCGCCUCUUGAGCCUCACGAAACUUCCACUUCAUCACCCUUGACGUCGAAUACUACUCGCUCGAUCACAACCCGACGACGACAAUAAGAACGACGACGAUAACUUUACACGCAUACACAAUGUCCUCCUACAGAGCGACGAGGACGGCCUUCCGCGCCGUCGCGCGCACAUCCAAUCCCGCCACCAGACCCGCGACGACACGCCUUCAACAAUCGCGGACCUUUGCCAGCGUCCACUCCUCGGCCGCGGCAGGCCUCCUCCAGCAAACUAGUCUGCCCCGGAGCACGACACAACAAACUCGGCAAGCCGCCGCGCGACGGUCCCCGUUCGCCGGACGCCAGGGCGGCAUCCGCACCAUCUUCAUCCAGACCGAGCAGACGCCCAACCCGGACGCCAUCAAGUUCCUCCCGAACCACCGCAUUCUGCCCGAGAACAUGGCGACGCCCUUCAUCGAGUACCUCAACCCGCGCUCGACCAUCGCGCCGCCCUACCCCUCCCCGCUCGCCGCCCAGCUCAUGAACAUUGACGGCGUCACCUCAGUCUUCUACGGCGCCGACUUCAUCACCGUCAGCAAGUCCGCCGACGCCAACUGGGCCCACAUCCGGCCUGAGGUCUUCGCCCUCAUCACCGAGGCCAUUACCUCGGGGCAGACCAUUGUCACCGUCUCGGAGAAGAAGGAUGGCGGCGCCGUCGGCGCAUCCGGAGAGCAGCAGCCGCACGGCGAGGAAGACAGCCUGGCGUACGACGAGAACGACAGCGAGGUCGUGGGCAUGAUCAAGGAGCUGCUCGAGACGAGGAUACGGCCCGCCAUCCAGGAGGACGGCGGCGACAUCGAGUUCCGCGGGUUCACAGACGAAGGCGUCGUGCUGUUGAAGCUCCGCGGCGCGUGCCGGACGUGCGACUCCAGCACGGUGACGCUGAAGAACGGCAUCGAGGGCAUGUUGAUGCACUACAUCGAGGAGGUCAAGGGCGUCGAGCAGAUCCUCGACCAAGAGGAGGAAAUCGCCAUCCAAGAGUUUGCCAAGUUCGAAGAGAAGCUCAAGGCCCAAAAGGGCGCCGAGGCAACCGCGGCAUAAAGCCGGGUUUGGACAUUGGUUGUGCUUUGCUUCAGAGGACUUUGGAAUUAUGAGUAGAGGGAGUUUGGGGUGCACAGUUUCCUGUAGUAACAACGCUGUACAAUUAUACAAAUGUCACACCUGGCCUCAUGCCGAUGACAAAAACACAAUACCCACC